GGCGGAACGGAAUGAGGCGCUGCAGUAUCGUCGUGGCCUUGGUGUGGAAAAGUUGACUCUCGGCGCUUGCCGUCGCCCUCAUUCUAUCAAUGACGCCCAUCGCCGGUUAUUUGAAAUGGCGUAUGUUCGAGUGAAGGUCUGGGGAAAGCAUUCCGCACUCACGGCAGUCAUGAGCGUCCGUCCUGCUUAGUCCAGUUCGUCAGCAACAAUAACAGCGUUGUCCGUUGUCCAAACCAUACAUCAACUUCAAGAUGAAGCUGGACAAACAAAUAUCUAAAGAUGGAGAUAAUAAGGAGGAGGAGCGAAAAGAAGUAAAGACAGAAAAGGAAACAAAGGAGGCGAUGAAUGAGCGCCUCGCAGGCACCUCCACUGGAUCCAUGGAGUUCCCUAACAAGCUUUUUCAGGAGCAACAGUACACCAAAAUUUCCUUCGAUGAUGAAACAGAGAAGGUGGAUCAAGAAUUGGAGGAGAAAUCGACGAAAGAACAAUUAGAAAUGUCGAAGAUUGACUCCAAAUUGGCGCUGGUUAAUCUCGAGACAAUCAAGGAAGGCGAAGUACUAGAGAUUCCACCAGAGGCCGUCUCCCCGCAGGGAAGAGACAGAAGAGACUCGAUUCCCAGAGCAAGAUUCUACUUCGAUGACAAUACUAGUGAGUUUGAGGGUCGUGAGGAUGGAGGCCGUAUUGAUUCAGUUCAGUAUGAUGAUGAUGAUGCUGCAUCAGUCACCUCAUUACCAGGUGAACUGCCACCUCCCCCUGAUGGUGGAUGGGGUUGGGUGAUAGUGGCAGUGUCUUUCCUCUGUAAUGCCAUUGUGGAUGGCAUUGCAUACUCCUUCAGUCCUUUCUUGGAUACUAUCUCUUUGCAAUUUGGUGCUCCAAAAGGGAAGGUUGCUUGGAUUCCUUCUCUUUUGGCUGGUGUCUAUCUCAGUGCAGGACCCAUUGUCUCUGCACUGACCAACAAGUUUGGUUGCAGAUCUGUGUGCAUAUUUGGUGGCAUAAUUGCCUCAUUUGCAUACUUCAUCACUAUUUUUGCUAAUUCUGUGGAGUACCUUAUGGUCUUUCAGGGAGUUCUUGGAGGGAUAGGCUUCGGGUUGGUCUACCUGCCAGCAGUGGUAUGCGUGGGCUACUACUUUGAGUCAAAGCGUGCUCUGGCAACUGGGAUUGCAGUUUGUGGGUCUGGUAUUGGCACCAUGAUUUUCCCACCACUGCUAAACUAUUUGAUCUCUGUGUUCUCCUGGCAGGGCACCCAUCUCCUCAUUUCUGGAUUAAUCCUUAAUUGCUGUUGGUUUGGGGCCCUUAUGCGACCUCUAGAGGUGCCACGCAUGAAGAAAAAGGACCUCUUACAGCGUCUUGCAGAGGAGAAACGUGCAAACAUGGAAGGUGGUUCCCUAUGUGAUUCUACGUACCUUACUUAUACUCAUCCAGAUGGAAGCGUAGAGCGAAGACCAAGGAAAGGCAUGAAUCCUGAUCCCGGUGUUCACUCUCAUUUGAAUCUGUCUGGCUACCUCACACCAGUAUCAACCAACUUGGCCUUGCCUACUAUUCAGGAGACACAAGGCAGCACUCCACCUGACAAAGAGUCUCCACUUGAAGCAACAGUAGAUCCACCAGCCACAUCUGCUGUAGAGAGAAGCCAUACCAAUGGUGGAGAAAGACAGACCCUUCUUGCAAGUGGAGGAGAACCUCACCCACUUCCAGCAAGGGUUGCAGCUCUUGCCUCAGGCACCAAGAUGCCACGAAACUGUUCCCAGCCUGCCAUGAAUCAAGGCUCCUCCAGCAUAAUUCCUAAGAAUGGAUCUGUUCCUAACUUUGAAAGGAGAUUAUCUAAAGUGGAAAUUGCCAGUACCAUGAAGGUGGUACCAGCAACGCCAAAGGCCUCUUCUUCAAAUCUUCGAGCACUUGGAUCACAAGAGAUGAGACGAAUGUCAGGAGGCUAUGGAAGAGUCAACUCUAAUAGCUCUUUCAUGGAUGGAGACUCUGCUAUUCUAAAAAUGCGGCGAUCAUCCUCAAGAUCUAUGAUGCUUCGCCCAAUGUCACGUCAAGACAUCUUUUACUCGGGAAGCAUCGCUAACUUACGAGAGUUCAAAUCUCAAGCAUCAAUGCUGUCCUAUCGAGAGUCAGCACUCAACUUGCAGGGAACUGGGGCGUCUAGAGCAGUUCUGGAUGCCCUAGAUGGACCUGAUGACUCAGAAGAGAGCUGCUCAUGCCUACCAGAAUCAAUCAGAGGAACCCUGAGUCAGAUGAUGGAUUUUUCCCUUCUCAAGAAUCCAAUCUUUCUUCUUAUUGGAGUCGCCAACCUCUUUGGAAUGCUGGGCUUCUACACUCCAUUUGUGUACCUCCCAUCUGCUGCCAUAGAGAAGGGUGUUGAUCCAGAAUAUGCCACUUUUCUCAUCUCUCUCAUUGGCAUCACCAAUACAAUAGGUCGUGUAUUGUCUGGUAUCAUAGCAGACUUACCAUGUGUGAGUCCAUUGUGGAUCAACAACAUUUGUAUCAUCAUGUCAGGAGUCUGCGUCUUCAUCACACCGUUUGCCAGUUCCUACAGCUCCUUUGUGGUCCUCUCCCUCUUCUUUGGAUUCUUUGUUUCUCCGUUCAUCGCCCUCACCUCCAUCAUCAUUGUGGACCUGCUCAGCCUCAGACAACUCACCAAUGCCUUUGGUCUUCUGUGUAUCUUCCGUGGAAUAGCUGGGAUCUUGGGUCCUCCUGUGUCAGCUGCCUACAUCUCCCUCUCGUCAAUCAUCUUGGUUCAACUUCUGGGACUGUCGCAGCUUACCAAUGCCUUUGGGCUACUGAUCUUGUUCCGAGGGUCAGCCUCCAUGGUGGGGGCUCCUAUCUCAGGAAGCAUAUAUGAUGCUACAAAUAGCUACGACAUCUCAUUCUACUCUGCGGGUGCCCUUCUGUUUGUGUGUGCUGGCUUACAUUGUGCAGUCCCAUUUGUUCAACGUUUAUGUAGCCAAGAUAGCAGACCGGUCACCUACACCACCAAUGAAGAAUACUUAGCUUCAGUACCAGAAGAAGGUGAAAAUGAAGCUGUAUCACCAGAUGCUGGUGUUGGCAUUGUUCUUGAUAUCAAACCCAAAGAUUUUGCUGUAGUAAUGCAAGAGUCUGAAGAGAAUAAGAUUGUGUUAGAUGCUUCUCAAAAUGAAAAAGGCAAAGAAAGUGUCUCUUCCCUGUGAAAUAACUAAAAAUAAGGAACUUUGUGAAUUUUACUGAAUUCAUCAAAACUUACACAGAAUUGUGUGAAGUGAAUGGGCAAGUGACAGGCAAUAGACUACAGCCAAAGGAAGUGUUUGCCACAGUUAAUGUCAAUAUCUGUCACCUGCUGAAAAUAAAUUUGUCUUUCAUUAUGUAGGCUUAUAAACUAGAAAUACAGAAAUAUGACCAUAAAUUAUUUUUUAUCUUACAGUACAGUAUAAGAAUUAUAAGAUAAUUUCGUUUAAAACAAGUGUGAAGGAACUUAUGGAAAAGUAUAACAUAUUUCAUGUAUGGCUCCACACCAAGUAGUUUUAUGUCUGCUGAAAUAACAAAUAUUAUUUAGUCUAGUCUUUGAGUAUGAAAUAUUAUGAAAGGUCUCAUUUCAAGAAAACAAGUAGAGUAAGGGAGGGUAGAAAUCAAUGAUGAAUCACACAGUUCAGUAAGAGAAACUGGGAAGAAAGUCUUAUUUUGUUUAGUGUUCAUGCACUAGGGAAUGCUUCAGGUAAUAGAUGAAAAGGUGCCAAAACAUAAGACAACCAUUCUGAAUCCUAUAAUGACUGUAAUGUUGAAAGGAAGAUGCUGAAGCUUCCCACAGUGUAUGACUGUCUCUGAUUAUUCUUCAACAAUUAUGUACAUGUUCUGAUAUUUGUAUUGCAAUUAUGUGAGAAAUAGGAAGGGUUAGUUUUCAUUCUGAAUAGAUUUUGUAAAAAGCAUAGGCAAAUCAGGUAGUUAAUCUGCAAAGAAUAAUAAUAUUUAUAGCUCAGCUAAGCCUUUCCUUAAACAAGAGCUAAUUUUGGAAUUAGUUACUACAUGCAAGAUUGAGAAUGUAAGGACAAAGAUGAAAGCUCUUUGUUCUAGUAGGCCUUGAGAUACACAAAAUGAAUUUACUUUGCAGCACAAUAUUUUUCUGAAGUAAUCAUAAUUUUAAUUACUCAUUUUAUUUUUAUAAUCUGUUAUGAGAAUGAUAUAAUGGUAUCAAAGCAAGAUAUUGUCUUUUGAUAAUUCUCUACCCAUUUACUAUGGGCUCUCAAGUCUCAUAACAUAUGCUUGUUGUAAGCAAUGUACAAAUUCAGUUUCGUGUUUUCUUGAUCCUCUCUCUUAAAGGUUUCAGUAUUUAAAAAAAAAUUCAAUUAAAAAAAAUGUAAACACUGUUAUUCAUAUAGCAGUGAUAUAAACCUUCAUAUUAAGUAUAAAAGUAACAAUAGUUUUAUACAUUAGUACAUAUUAAUCCAUGAUGAGAAAUUGAAAAUAUGUAGCAUCAGCAGCAGCUUGACAGUCUAAUCUAACUUUUUUCAAUAGCCUUUAAACUAACUCUGAUACAGAUAUCAGCAAAGUAUGAAGCUGUUUUACAAAACGAGUAUUAUUUUGGUCUCCCAUUCAUACAUAUAAAUUAUUUUCUUAGUGGCAGUGCAUACUGUCGUCAGAGUUUACAUAACUAACAGCUAUCAUCAGGUGGGAUAAAUAUUAAGGAAAGAAUAAGGUAGAAUAUAUCAAAAGAAAAAAAUUUGUAAAUAUAUUACUCAUCCUUAUUACAAUGAAAUUAUUGAAGGUCAGUAAUAAAGGUAAGAGAAUGCUUCAUAAGAUAAAGAACUUCAACAUUUGGCUUACGAAAAGUAAAUUUGCACAGAUGCACCCUAUGUUAUUCUGAAAUGUACUACAUUAUAACAGUGCAUUACAAUUGCCAAAAAGUAAGAGGAAAAUGUAUCCUUGUUUUCUUAGAACUCAAAAUGCAUGAUGUGUUAUGUUACAGUAUAAAAUAAGAUGUUUACUACAACUACUGGCCAUAAGAGCCAUUGUGUUUUCAUAAGCAGCUAAAGAAAUAAUAAUAUUAAUUUGGGUAAAAGAGUAACUAAAAGAUAAAACAUGAGAGAGUAUAGUGAAUGGUGCUGGCUAAAUUAAGACAUUAUGGUGUUUAAUAAAUACCAUAAUCUAAAAUUGUACACCAAGGAACAGUGCCUGCCUUAGUAUCCAGAUUUGUGUAACAUAUUACUUUUAUAAAAAAGAUAAUUAUGACUGAAAUAUGGACACUAAUGACUUAUGACAUUUUGCAUUUGGAUAUUAUAUGGUUAAAAUCAAGCACAUUGUAGAAUUUAUGAUUGGUAACUAUACAGUGGUACCUUGAGUUGCGAGUUCAAUUCGUUCUGUGAUGGAGCUUGUAUCUCAAUUUACCCGUAACUUGAAUAAAUUUUCCUCAUUGAAAUGCCA